AUUUAACUAGGAUUCAUUUUGAAACAAGUAAAAUGAGUGAAUCUGCUAUUAAUAGGAGAAAAUCCCAAUUGUUUCUAACACAAAUUUCUCCCGUUUAUGAUACACACGAUGAAGUAGUGAGGAAGAAAUUGAAAAGAGGGAAAUUUCCUCUAACAAAAACUGGGAUUAUUAGGAUGAUCAGUUUGUGCUUAUAUCUCGGAAGUACAUUAACUUGGAUUCUACUAAACCAACAAUGCGAUAAUUCAAAUAUUUCAUAUGCAAAUAUAUCGUGCAUAGGCAUUGCAUUCGCAGGUGGAUUGAUAUUAUUUUUGUUGUUUUCAUUGGGAUUGAGCGUUAAGGAUCCUGGAAGUUGGAUACAGAGUGAUAUCAUCUUUAAUCUCAUUAUCUCAUUGGCAGUAAUCGUUGUUUCAAUUCUGGCAUUGAAAAAUUGCCGUGAAGCUGGAACCAAACAUUUAUCUUCGGCUUUAGCUAUUAGUGCAGCUAGUGCAAGUAUAUGCAGCUGUGCAGCUCUACUUUUAAUGUAUCGAUUUAUUGAAGACACAAAUCCGACUACUAGUAAACCUACGAGGCGGGAUCCAAGAAAAUCCAUUUUUGCCUAAUUUGCGUCAAUUUUUUACUGUUAAUAAAAAUAUCCACCAGUAUCCUUUCU